AUGAAGCAGGGCCGGCCACCGCUUGUGAUAAUCAUUCCAUGGGGCAAAGGUGGCAGGCGUGAAAUGAUAUCGAUUGUUGACAUCAUGGUACCAGGAAUUUUCCUGAAUGUUAUAUUCAAGUUUGCGGAUAUGUACGAUGCUCGGGCCUUCUUUCCUCCAUUUUAUGCUGCUGUAAGCGGAUUAAUGAUAACCCUGAUAGCUGCGGUGUUGCGGCAGAAGACUACUCCGGCAAUGGUUGUUCCGGGAGCACUAGCCAUGCUAAUAUCUUUGCUUUCUGUAGAUGAUCCAUCUAUUUUGUGGCGAUUUGAAAUCAAGCAUUGA